AUGGAUAACAAAGAGGAAGGAACUGGUGCUGGUGCUGGUGCUGGCGCUGGUUUUUUCUCUGGUGAUUUUACUUCGUAUAAUUAUAGAAGUUACAAGCCUUAUAAUACUAAUAAUAGUAUUCAUCACCAUUCUAAUUUUUCAUGUAAGCCAGCUCGUCCGCCAUUGACAGCCAUAGACAGUUUCUUAAGUGGUCAAAGCCACCAUUUGACUAAUAAUACUUCUUCUGAUCAUCAACUACAACUGGCUCACGAUCAUGAUCAUCAAAGCAACGUUGUUUCAUCAUCAGAAAAUGGGUUGUGGGAUUUUUCUUCGAGCAGUACCACUGUGGUUGAUCAUAAUAAUAAUACUAACCAUUAUUAUGGUGCAAUUACGUCUGGGGUUCAUUUUUCUUGGCCUAUGAGUAGUUUAACCGGUGCUGAUCAUCAUCAAGAUCACCAAGCAAGCUUCUUUGAAGGGCUUUUUGUUGAUGACGAUGAUGAUCACCAUGGUGUGGUAGAAGCUGGUAUGAAUAGGACACAAGAUAGAAUUAUGAACAUUGAUACGUGUUUGAACGAAGAAGUUGCGGAGAUGAUGAUCAAUAGCUGUAAAGAGAUGGGAAAGAGAGCUCUUAAAAAGGCUUCUUCUGCGGCUUUAAUAAAAGGACAAUGGACAGACGAAGAAGACAGGAAACUGAUUAGACUGGUGAAGCAAUACGGAGUACGAAAAUGGGCUCAGAUAGCUGAAAAAAUGAUUGGGAGAGCCGGUAAACAGUGCCGAGAGAGGUGGCAUAAUCAUUUGCGCCCUGAUAUCAAGAAAGAUGGCUGGAGCGAAGAGGAAGAAAAAAUACUAGUUGAAGCUCACGCGGAGGUCGGGAACAGAUGGGCGGAGAUUGCGAAACGCAUCUCGGGGAGAACGGAGAAUGCGAUCAAGAACCACUGGAACGCUACUAAAAGGAGGCAAAAUUCAAGGAGAAAGAGCACUAAGCAGAGUGAAUCCCAGAACAGAAAUAAGCCUCAAUCUUCAGUGCUUCAAAAUUACAUUAGGAGCAAGAGUCUCAUGCUGAUGCUUAACAACAACAAUGGUAAUAAUGUUCCCACUGUAGUAGUGGACUUGUUAUCUGAGUCAACUAGUACCAAUACUACUACUACUGAUUGUGGUGCGGAAUCUCCUUUACUGGUAUCUGAUCAGGCAUACGACGAUGAAGUGCUUUUCAUGCAGAAUCUCUUUAGUAAUAACCCAACUACUACUACUACUAUUACUGAUCAUUCAAACAAAAGCCACGGUGGAGAUGAUCAUCAUCAACAGAAGCUCAACAUGAAUGAUCAUGGGAAUAUUAUUCCAAACAAUACUACUACUACUACUCCAAGUGGUAGGAGUACUCAUCUUUACUCCGACCUCUACUUAUCUUAUCUAUUGAAUGGUGCACCGGCUAGUUCAUCAUCAUCUUCGAUUUUUAAUGUUAAUGAUGAUGAUUGCUAUGGUCAGAUGGUUGACGAUGCUGAUCAUCAUCGUGGUGAGCAUUCUGAUUCAAAUGGCAUCGUGGGAAAGAGAGAGAUGGAUUUGAUAGAGAUGGUCACUUCUUCUCUCUUCUCCAAAGAUUAG